CAAAAUGAGCGGAAGAGGUAAAACCGGAGGCAAAGCCAGGGCCAAGGCAAAGACUAGGUCAUCACGCGCCGGACUUCAGUUUCCCGUGGGUCGUGUUCACAGACUUCUUCGUAAAGGCAAUUACGCGCAGCGUGUGGGAGCUGGCGCGCCCGUCUACUUGGCCGCCGUGCUCGAGUAUCUGACUGCUGAGAUCCUGGAGUUGGCUGGCAACGCUGCCCGCGACAACAAGAAGACUCGUAUCAUUCCUCGUCACCUGCAGCUGGCUGUCCGUAACGACGAAGAACUGAACAAACUCCUCGGUGGUGUCACCAUCGCUCAGGGCGGAGUGUUGCCUAAUAUCCAGGCAGUACUUCUCCCCAAGAAGACCGAGAAGGCUGUCAAGUCCAAGUAAUGUCCCCGUUUGAUUUGUUGUGAUUGUUCACCCUCCCCAAAGGCUCUUUUAAGAGCCACCCAUUUAACUCUAGAAAAGAGCAUUGACGUUCUCCGUAAUCAAUUCCAAUGUGGAAUCAAAUUAGUUCACUGUAACCUAAAUCCACACAGUGGGUCAUACCACAACCGCAUACUCUACCUGACUGAACAUGAUUAUAUUGCGCAAUUCAUCAACAUUUUCCUCCCAAGUGUUAAGUGAGGUGCACAGUCGAGAAUAACUUCCUUGGUGGAAGUAGCAGGGGUAUUUUUUUGACCUAAAUAAAACGCACUCCACGUAUAGCCUAUUUGAUAGGCGUCUACAGUAGCCUAUUAUGUCUUCUUCGUCCCCCCAUCAGCAGAAUACGUUCCAUGUAGGCCAUAGAUAUAUAUAAAGACUAGUCUUACGGCGGAGUCUAGAACGUCCGCACAUGGCGGCCAUCUUGCUACAGUCAACUCGCUUAAUUGGAGGAGACUUAACUGUGGAAGAAGAAAAAAAGAUAUAUAGGUAUAUAUCUGCACUCA